GAUUCGCCCGCCUGGGUCGUGAGCCUGUUUGCUGGUGAUCUCGUCACGUGAUCACGGGGUCUUCUUUCCCAUCUUCCCUCUCUCCAGGAAGGCGGAUGCAGUGGUGAAGUGACAACAACGCUCAUUUCCGCUUGGUUGAGAAGAGGGAGGGAGAAAGGAAGGAGCGAGCGAGGAGCGGCGGUUGUCGCCGUUGUGGUCUUCUGUCGUCAGGCUCCCUCGGCGCGUCCCAGGAAAAUGUUAGCUGCUGACGAUUUUUCGCUGGCCGAUGCUCUACCAGAUAGUUCUCCUGCCAAGAGUUCCUCAGUGGGCAACACAAAACCACCCCAACAGCCCAGCCAGCCUCCACAAGCCUGGCCAGCUUCCAGUCCCUGGAAUAACGCACCAAGUGCUCCUCCUGCAGCUCCAUCCGGUUUGCCUCCCAGCACAUCUACUUCCAACGUGCCUUUUGGACCGCCACCAACAGGAAUGUAUCCUUCCCUCCCCCCUGGGGCACCUGUUCCUUUUCCUCCUCCUGGUUCUACUUGUCCUCCAGGUGCUCCAUACCCACCCCCUGGUCCUGCCCCACCAGGGCAGUACCCACCACCAAACAUGCCCUUCCCAGAGCUUCCAAGGCCAUAUGGGGGUCCCACUGAACCAGCUGCACCCCCUGCUGCUGUUGGAGCAUGGGGAUCCAUGCCCACUGGAGGGUGGGGACCCUCAGUUGGGGGACAAUAUCCUGCACCUAGCGUGCCAUAUCCACCUCCAGGGCCAUAUUCCACUCCCACUCAGACUCCAGGGGCUGCUCCUACAGUGCCAUGGGGUGCUGUCCCCCCAGGACCAUGGGGACCUUCGCCUCCUGCCCCAUUUCCUCCACCAACAGGAUCCUAUCCAGCUCCAGGGUUAUACCCAACACCACCUAAUCCUUACCAAGUGCCACCUGCGCCUGCUGGAGCACCAUCCAUACCUGGUGGCCCUCAUCCCUACCGUUGAACUUGUGGCAGGCUGAUGAGGUACUGCCUCCCUACCUGCUAUUUACAGAAAAAAAGUUUUUAGUAAUCUUUUGGAGUCUUGAAGAGCCUACCUGUGUUCUGCCAGCCCAUGUGUGGUGUGAGGGAGCACUCUUCCAACGCUUAUUUUGUGUGAGAUGGAUUAGGAUAAACAAGUUGACUUCCCCAGCUCUCUAAUCCUUACUCUAGUCAAGAUUUCAUCAAGUGACAUUAACCUAAUGAGUAAGGACUAACCCUGGAUCAAUACUAUGACUGUUUCUUAAUUGCUGGAUUUAGAGGAUUGACCAGAUUGACAGACCACAUCUUAAUUUAAAUCACUUCGGUUAUCUGGAGGAGCUUGUGAAGAAAUGAGCUAGGCACCCUACCUUCAUUCAUCAAAUUGAAGAGAAGCAAAGCACAUUAAUUUCGAGGCAAUUCUCAGCAUCAGACUUGAUUUGUCCUAUUUGAGAAGCCUUUGUAGAGAUGAACAUCUGGUACUUGAUGCUUAUUUCCUACAAGCACACUUGGGGAGCGACAAGCUGGUUUAGACGUUCAGGUAGUUCAGAUAGAUAUUUCUGACAGAUGAGUCUCCCAGCUGCAUUAGCCUUCAUACUUUGUGUGAGCCACCUAAAAAUAAUCUACUUCUACAUCUGAGGCUAGCCUCAAAACCAUUUGAAGAGUUUGGUGUGCUUCACUUCUGCAAAGUAAUUUUUUUUAAAAAAAAGUUCUUGCAAGAAGGGGUGGGAAUGUGAUCAGUAUAAUCUCUUGUCUGGCAGCUCCAGAAUCUUUGAAAAGUCAUUUCGAAGCCUUACUUUCAUGUGAACAUCUGGUCUCGGGAUAACAAACUCUAAACAGGAAAGUUUCUCUAGUUGAGGAUGUCUCUUAAUGCUCAUGAUUAGAUUAUUGCAACGUAACUAGUUCAUAUGUAUGUGAUGAACAUUGGCAGUAGAUGCAACAGUCUGGAUGUACAGUUUUCUCACUUCAGUUUUGGGAGGAACACCAAAAAACCAGUCCCUCAUGGAGUGUCCCAUGGUGUAAUAUGCUGGGAUCUUUUAUCACUGUUCACGAAGAGUACAACUCUUCACCAUUGUCUUACAGAUAAGUCCGUGUUUUAACACUUGUCUCCUUCUAUUGUCUCCAGAAAUUUGCUUAAUACAGAUUUCUAGCAUUUAUCAUAAAUCGGCUAUUUCCAAGCUUUAGGAAAUAACUUUGUAGGAGGGAUUUUUAGGGAGUCCAUGUUCUUCCUAAGAAAAAAUGGACUGGCUUAACUGAAUGGUAAGAAUGGAUAUGACUCAAGCAUAUGUCCUGUACUGUUUGUAGAAUUAUUCAUUUCCCCAAAGUAAAAUCAGACAGAAUUUGGAAAAGCCCUUUGUUUUCCUCCUCACCCCUUCUUGUCCCAGUUUGGUACACAUUUCCCAUCCCCACCCCCAUUGGUUACAUAUUAUCUUCCUGUCUCUUCUCAGUGUUCAGCUUCUCUUGAAGGAUAUUGCAUCUUCCCAUCCCUUUAAACCACAGUACUUUGUACAGGGGAUGGGUUUAGAAUUCGACUGAUCCCUGGAAAUAUCUGAUAAUUUGCCUUAUUUGUGAGAACUGCACCCUGGCAUAUUUCACAAGUAAGCUAAAUUAUUAGAUAUUUUCAGGUGGCAGUGAUUGGGAACCCCAAUGCUAAUGAACUCUGAAGGGACGUCCCGUUACCUUUUGUAUUGUCUAAUGCGGUUAUUUGAGGAUAGGUAUGCUUUUCUUCUUUAUAUGGGUAUCCCAUUUUCUCAUCCUGAGUACACAACUGAUGAACUUACCUGUCUCUGAGGACAUCUUCUUGCCUCAUCUGUUCCAGUUUGCACUGCAUGUGGCAUCGUUGGCUUUGAAAAGGAAUCUGCUAUAAUGUAGAAAUAAUUAAAGUGAAGUUUUGACAAGUUUCAAUUGUGGGAAGAUACUAAGAAGCUUUGUCAGAAUUCCAGUUUAAAUUUGAAAAAUUCAGCAGAUAUUCCCCAUGUUGGCUUGCAGUAAGAGACUAAUUACUGCUGACAACAAAAGCAUACAAGUUUGUGAUACUUGCAGAACACUCUUGAGGCAAAUGCAAUUAUAUGAAAUGAGAAAUGUGGGCAGAAAUAUAGAACAAGUUAGCAUUAUUUUCUGUGUUCUGCCUACUCUACAGAAAUAUUAAAUUAUAUGGACUCUUGAAGAAUGCUGAAAGACAUUUUGCAUAGUUUUUCUAAGAUGACUGAAUCCUUUUCUGCUAAAUCUUUAAAAUCAAGUUCAUAGAAUAGAUUUGUCCUAAUACAUGUUGGUUUCUCCCCAUCCUAAAGCUAAAUUGUGAUGGAGGCACCAUGAUUUUGUGUCUGUCAGUAUAAUCCCAUACAAAUCUGCUUAGAAGAAGUCCUAUUAAAUUCAGUGGCUUUUAUGUAAGUGGUUAUAGGGUUGCAGCUAAGUCAGAGUGGGACCCUGCUUGAACUAGAAGUAAAAGCAUUCUGGCAUCAGUGGGACUUCAUCCAUGUUAUAUCUGCUAGUGGGAUUGGCUUAGAUUCUGAACUUGGGGGACUUGACAGAGAUUGUCAGCCAUUGCUCCACACAAGGGACUAGAACGUAAGAAAAAUGCAAUGCAGCACAUUAUAUAGUGCUUAAAGUUCUGAAUGUGGUGAUCUGUGCAUGGUAUGCAAAUUCUGCUGCAUAAGGGAGGGGAGGGCAGAAAGGACACAGUUGAUGGGCGUGCAGCAGCACUUGCACCAUUCUUUGCCACUGGAAAUUCCGUUUGGCUGAUUCAUUGGUGUCCGAGGCUUCAAGCAAGCACAUUGGCUGCUUGCUUGAUUUGUCUUAAACCUAAGUCCUUGUGGCCUAAUUCCGCACUCAAUGCCUUGUCCCUCUUCCCACAGAAAUACUUCAUGAACACCUUUCUGCCUACAAAAGACUCUGUCAGCCUUUAACUUACUUUUGAUGCAUCAGAUGCUGGAAGCAAAGAGGACUGUAAGAAACCGCAAAGACCGCAAAAUGGUGAUAGGCAACUGACACAGUUCUGUCCUUAUGUCAAGACAUUUGAUGCCAAUUCUGUAAGUUGCAUAUGAGUGUGAUGACAUCAUCUUGUGCAUGUCAUUCGCCUUCCCUUGCCCUAAUAACCUGGCUGGAAGUCCUUUAGUAUAUUGUCCGAAGGAAUACCUACCUACCUACAUACAUACAGGAAGAAAGGACAAGGUAAAGUCAGAUUUUAAAAAUGGGCAAGCUUUGUGGUUCAAAACCAAACUAAAAGGAAGCUUGCUUUCUUACUGGGGGCUUCAGCAUCUUUGCUUAUCUUAUUCCUUCAUGUUAAGAGAUUUUUCCUGCCCUAUCGAGAUUCUAUUCCUCCAAUAAUGGAAGACUCCCUUUCAGAAAGCAGUUGUAGUUCGAUGCUGUGUAGUAAAACCUUUUUAACCCUUC